AACUGAUAUGAACAAAUCGGGGAUGCCCGUAGGGCGGUCGAGCGAGAGAAGCGGAGGCCUCUAGAAAUUAAAUAAAUAAAAACUUUUUAAAAUUAUUUAGGAUAUUUUAUAAUAAUAAAUAAUUACAUAAAAUAUUACAAAUUUAUAAUAUUUUAAACAAAAUUUAGUUAUAAAUGACAUUGUGACAAGUUUAUAGAUGGCGUUUGAUCUUAUUUUAAAUAUACGGAUAGCAACUUAUACACGUUUGUAAUCGUUUUCCAAGUUUAAUUGAAACUGUAGUAAAAAUAUAUUUUAUAAAUGACAGCUUCGACAAGUAAUAAAUCGAAAACGAAAAAACUACCUCCACAGAUAAUUCAGAAUGAGACGAGUGAUCAAGAUACAACGACAGAUUUUGAAACUGAACUGCUUUGGUGUAUUGAACAGUUACAGAUUUCUUUAUCAUCAGAUAAAUUGAAUUCAAGGCAAACUGAAGAUUCAAUGAAAAUACUGAAAGUUCUUAGGAACCCAAAGGCUCCACAUGUAAAGAAAAGACAGGUUAUGAGGCAAGCAUUUGGAGAUUAUCGAAGUAAAAUGAAAAGUGAAGAGAAGCAGUUUAAGUUAGAUAAGAGCAAAAUGAAAAUUUCUGCGUGUAAAGAUGAAUUGGGAUCAAAAUUUUUAAGAAAGCAUGUAAAAAAAUCUGAAGAAGAGACUUCAUCAUAUUUCAAAUUUAAUUUUCCUACACCUAAUAAUGAAUCUAACUUUUUAAAUUUUGAAUAAAAAUUUAUUUAAAUUACUGUA